UCAGUCAUAAGUGCAACUUGAAGCAAUUAGGAUCACAGAAAAUUCAUACAAAAUGUCUCGCUGGCUAUUUUACAUGAUUUCAAUUUACAUUUGUGUUGGGGUUUUUGGAUUACCUACCCCCGAUAUUGAGACAAACCAAAUUUCCCGUGAAAUUGAACAUCUGGAAAAAGCUGUUGACGCUCUCAUAAAGGAGACAAGUGAAUCCAGCCAAUCAAACGAAGCAACGGAUAAUUCAACCGAAUCUAAUACGACCGAAAAAACACCAGCCCCAGCUCAAGCACAACCAGAUCAAGUGAAAAGCAACAAAGAAACCGACAAAAAAGAAGAAUCUACACCUGCACCACCAACUAAAAUACAAAAAAUCGGAAUGACUUGCUAUGAGCUACCCAUGGAGCUACCACCAUCGCCAUCGCCGCAAUACAUCUAUUAUCGCUAUCCCCCAUCAUCUAUCAGACCAUAUAUACCACCAUCUUGCAGUUGCGGAAAUUCACAUACACCACAUAAUAAUCGAUUAGUUGCAUACAAUCGUUUCCCAUUAACUUGGCGCUCGAACAAUGAUGACAAAACUUAUUCUCCAAAACCAAGUUAUUCGCCUAUUUCAAAUUAUCUAUAUGAGCCAAGUUAUCCAUAUUCGAGAGGCUAUUCAUAUGCACCGCGUUAUCCAUAUGUGCCAAGUCAUUUAUAUGUACGACGGGAUCCAUAUGCGCCAAGUUAUCCAUAUUCAAGAAAUUCGAAUAAUCCAAGUUAUCAAAGCAUGGUGUUUAGAAGUUCUGCAUUGUCAGAAUAACGAACAAAUUUUUUUUUUGUCUAAGUUUCAAUAUAUGUGAAGUGCAAUUGUGAAAUAAAAAAACUU